AUGGAUCGCUACGAAGUCGUCCGACCUGUAGGUCAAGGAGCAUAUGGAAUCGUGCUUCGAGCGAAAACCAAAGAGAUUGGCAGAACUGUUGCCAUAAAGAAGAUGACAGUAACAUCCAGAAAUCAGCUUCAAAUACUACGGGAAUUGUGUGCGUUGCGGAAUCUUCACCAUCCUAAGGUGCUAAAACUGCUCGACGUCUUUUGCUCACGUGAUUCUCUUUCACUGGUUACCGAAUUCAUCCCGUUUAAUUUGAGCAACAUCAUUUCUGACCCGCAUCGACCACAAGAAGAAUAUUUUUUGAGAUUCUUCUUCAGGCAGAUCGUUGAUGGAAUGAAGUACAUACAUUCGUUGUAUAUAAUGCAUAGAGAUUUGAAGCCGGAGAACAUUCUGGUCACAUCGCACAACCAGGUGAAGAUCGCCGACUUUGGACAAGCGUGCCUUUUUUAUCCAGGAGAAGAUAGGGAAUACGAAGAGAACGUCGCCACUCGUCAAUACCGUGCUCCUGAGCUUCUCUUCGGAUGUCGGCAUUACACUCCUGCGGUGGAUAUUUGGGCUCUUGGAUGUAUACUGGCUGAAUUCGUUAACGUCUUCCCUCUUUUUCCGGGUAAUAGCGAUAUUGAACAAAUCACGAGAAUCUUCUCCGUGUUGGGCACACCAUCCGAGCAUACGUGGCCUUCGUGGACUACAAUGCCGGAUGCCGGGAAACUUAUGUUUGAGAACGAUGCUCCAGCGGAUGGAAUGCGAAUAGCAGUUCACACCACCAAUUCCUCCUUGCUGGAUCUCGUAAAGCGUCAAGUUUGUUUGGAAUCAAGUUGGAGAUGGACAGCGGCUCAACUUCUUACCCAUCCAUUUUUGACGGAAAACGUCAGGGAGAUUCCGUUGGUCCUACAAUAUCGACCACGCAGACAACGAAGCACCAGCAUCCCACGACGACUUCCGUUCUUACGAAUCGGACCACGCAUCUAA